AUGUUCGAAAUCCCCCCUUCCGAGAGCUCUCCUCCAUUACCGCUUGAUAUUGGGCUCCAGGUUCCAGAUCCAAGCCCAGGUUCAGGUUCCAGAAACGGCACUAAGCGCAGCAAGCGAGGGGCGGGCAGAAAGGAAGGCAAGGACAUCGCGGACGGGUAUUGGACGUUGGACAGCCCGUUCCUGUCAGACUACGGGUACGGGCUGGACCGAGUUAGCGAGGGCACGAUGCACGAAAGCACGGAGGCUCUUUGGGAGAGGAUCGCGGACGAGUUACCUUUGGAGCAAAGUAUCUACGCUAUGGGUGUGCCUCUCUGGAGAGAGCACAGCCUCGCCAUGGGAAGCCGGCUAGAGCCCCUUCCCCCAACCUUGACGGACAUGCCUUUCAUCGGGAAGCUGUUGUACGGGCUGACCCGCGCCGGGGCUGGCGGGGAGGCCAUCCGAGGAGAUGAGCUCUCUACUUUUUCUUGCCUGUCAUUGCCACAAUUGUACGAUACAAGGUUAUUGGAGUCUCAAGCUACUUUACUGUACGACUGUAUGCAUAAGCUUCUCCUCUUCAGACGCAAUGCCGCUAUGGGCCCAGAGAGUUUCGAGAUGCGAUCGUCGUCGGAAGCUUACUCUCCAAAGGUGUCCUCAUAA